CACAUUUAAUCUACCGAAUAUUACUUAAUUUAUAAUCACGAAGAUCUGUCAAUUGAUCGUGAGUAGGAAUAGUAGCAAAGUAGUGUUCCGGGCGCAAACGUAGUCCUGUUUCAUGCAAGGACCCAAGUCUUGUGGACCAACCAGCACCACGGAUUCAUUCAGAAUCACAACCCAAACCUUCCUUCCUUUUCUUGUCCCACCUUCUAACUUCUAAGCUCCGCCUACCACCCACCGAACCGGACCAACCCAGAGAGACCCAAACGUAAUUGCAAUUUUGCACCCAUUUUUAUUUUCAAUUAAUUCACAGCUUAACACAAGCAUCCAUGGAUUCACUCUCAUCGGUAAAAGUGUCGCCCUCCGUAGUCACCAACCCUCUCUCUCCGCGGCGCUGCCGGAUGCCUCUUUCUUCUUCUUCGCUCGGCAGCUUACACAAUCGAAGUCUCUGCCGAUUAUCCUCCUCCUCCUCCUCCUCUGUAUUCGGUGUACCGUGCCCUCCCUAUUCUAGAAGGAGGCUCGUGUGCCGGUCCGGCGGUGGCGGUGGCGGUGGAGCUGCGCAGGAGGAGGACGACGACGGAAGUGAGCAGGUGGAGAGAGCGCUUCACCUCGAUGGUAAUAUCCCCUCUUCCUCCGACGAGUUCGUGAAACGCGUGUCGUCUCGUGCUUACGACAUGCGCCGCCACCUCCAUCAGACCUUCGAUUCCGGCAGCUACGAUGUAUUGGAGGCCAACCCCUGGAGAGGAAGUUCCAAGCCUGUGUAUGUAUUAACGCAAAGGGAAAACCAGUUGUGCACCAUGAAAACCCGAAGAAAUCGCAGUGAAGUUGAAACGGAGCUUGGGAAAUUGUUUUCGAAAGGAGGGAAGUGGAACCAAGCGAAACAGCCUAGGAACGAGACAAAGUUCCAGAUGCUUGUGGAGGAUAUUAGGGAUGGAGUGCUUGUUUUCGAGGAUGAGAACGAAGCUGUAAGGUACUGUGACUUGUUGCAAGGAGGAGGUAAAGGUUGUGAAGGUGUUGCAGAAAUAGAGGCCUCAUCGGUAUUCGACGUCUGCCAGAAAAUGCGAGCUUUUGCAGUUCUAUUCCGUCGCGGAAUAAGCCCUCCUCUGCCUCAAAGCCUGGAGCUCAACCUUCGGGCUCGAAAGCGCUCGCUUGAAGACGAGCAAAACGCGUAAAGAGUAUUCGAUUCCUUCUUGAAACUGUAUAUUUGUAUAAGAAAUCAUUCUUGUCGUCUCGGUAGAGUGUCACAUAUUGAAUUCUUGUAUGUGCCGGUCAUAUGUAACUUGGAUGUCAUAAUAUGCAUGUAUAACAUGUGGAUACAAUGAUUUUUUCUAAUUUUGAUGGCGGCUGCCGUAAGGUCCAAAUUCAAAAUU